AUGGAAGACGUGAUGAUUGACACUGGAAGAGCUCUCAACGCCAAAAAUCUGAAGAGCAUGGGGAUUCUGGAUCAGGUGAAGUUCAAACCUACUAUGGACACCUCCUGGGAAGCUCUCAAAGAUCAGAGGAAGAUCCCACAUGGACUUUAUCUGUUCUCAAAGAUCGACCCUCCAGAGGUAAUCCUAUAUUACUUAGAUGAUCUGAGGAAACAAGGAGUGGAUAUCUCAGACUUCAACAUAAGCCAGCUGCCAGCUGAGCCUCUGAACUUCAUGAAGCGUCCACGAGGACCAUCUGAGAAGGCGAAGCAAGCUAAGAAGGCAAGACUGGGAGAAUCCUCCAGAUCAAGACCUCCAGCACCUCUGCCUGGACCUUCUGGUAAGUCCGUUUCACUCGCUCCCUCUGUACAAACACAUAAUAUUGCUUCUUCUUUCCCUCAACCCACUCUUAUCUAUACAAAUUCAGAAACCCCUCCUUCAACCACCAGAACAUCUCAUCAACCAUCCCAAAAAUUUAACCUUGCCACCACCACCUUACCUCUUUCUGACGCAGAAAUGCUGAAUGAAACCACCUCACCAUCCUCAUCUUCUUCUCUAGAAUCACCCCCCUACUACACCAUUUCAUCAGACACAGAACACUCUGACCCCUCAUCUCCCACUCUAGCCCAACUUCAAGCUCAGACUCUGGCCUCACAACAGCCAACACAAACCACACCUGAACCAGAAGUCACUUCACCACCCAGAGAACAACCAAACCCAACACCAUCUGACCCUCAACCUUCUGAACCAAAUAACUCUGACACACACCCACCAAAUACAUCCGCUGAACCACAAACUCCCACUCUCAACCUAAGCCCUCCCACUUAUCCACCUUCACCCUCUGAGCCAGAAAACACCCUGCCAACCCUAGAGGAAGCAAUAGUGUUGUUUGCAGGAGCUUCAGUUGACAAGGUCUAG